AUGGACCGAAGAAAACGUAGUCAUAGUCUUUUGGAAAAGGCUCUUAAAGAAUCGGGAAUCUCUUUUAAAACCAAGGACGAUUUACAGUCGAAUGAAACGCGUAAGUGUUCUUCAACUGCGCCUGUAAUAUCACGACGUAUUACUGAAGAUGAAGAGAACUAUGACCCUGAGGAAGUUUUCGCAGCUCUUACAGAUACCAUGCAGCAUAUCCACAGUACGGACUUACUUUCGAAUGACGAUGCAGCAUCAGGAGUUUCUCACAGUAUGGACAUAUCUCCGAUUAAUGAUACCGUUCGAGAUAAUUGGCAGGUUUAUCUCGAUCCUUCGCAGACUGGAACAACAAGUCCUCGCAGUAUGGACUUACCUUCGAAUGAUGAUUCAGCUUCAGGAGUCCCUCGCAAUAUGGACUUACCUUCGAUUGACGAUUCAGCUCCAGGAGUCCCUCGCAGUGUGGACUUACCUUCGAAUGAUGAUCCUGCUCCAGAAGUCCCUCGCAAUAUGGACUUACCUUCGAUUGACGAUCCAGCUCCAGGAGUCUCUCGCAGUGUGGACUUACCUUCGAAUGAUGAUCCUGCUCCAGAAGUCCCUCGCAAUAUGGACUUACCUUCGAUUGACGAUCCAGCUCCAGGAGUCUCUCGCAGUGUGGACUUACCUUCGAAUGAUGAUCCUGCUCCAGAAGUCCCUCACAAUAUGGACUUGCCUUCGAUUGACGAUCCAGCUCCAGGAGUCUCUCGCAAUAAGGAGUUACCUCCAAAGGAUAAGGCUGCUCUAGGUGUAAGUACUCGUAAACGAAAAGCCAAAACAAGUAUCCGAUAUGUUGAUUACAUGUCUGAUGAAGAUUUUUCCACUUUAUUCUGUCUUGGUGAAGAGAAUGGCGCAGUUGAUUCUGACGAAUGGGUAGGAUCUGACACGUCAAACAGUGAUGAAGAAGAAGACCAAAAACGAGAACGUAGGAGAAAAAGGUUUAAAAAGAGUGAAGAAAACACGAGAAAGGAAAGGGCUGUUUCGAAACAAACAGGAAAAGAAUACGUAAGAAAAGAUGGUCAAUUAGUGCCAGAAAAAUCAAUUCAACCUAAUCCAUGUAAGGGUAAGAAAUGUGGGAACAAUUGUGAAAACGUAACCGAAGAAAACAGGCAACAAGUAUUUAAACAUUUUUGGACGCUUACCCCUGAACGCCGUAGUAGUUCAGAAUUGCGCAGUUACACAUAUAAGUAUUGCAUUACUGAUGGUGAAGGAAAAAGAUCUGUAUGCUUACAGUUUUUGGCAGCAACAUUAGAUAUUUCACAAAAGUGUAUAUAUUACACGGUAAAAGAUGCUUCCUCGGGAAGUGCUAAAGAAGACUUGCGAGGAAAAUGUGAACCACACAACAAAACCAAACCUAGUACUAAAGAGUCUGCCGUCAAUUUCAUCAAAAGCCUACCAGCCGUCCCCUCACAUUAUUGCCGUCAUGAUUCUACCCGGGUUUACUUGCCGCAGGAAUACAAAAAUAUUGCACACGUAUACAGCGUUUACAAAGAACGCAACGUGAAAGCUGGCAUAGACAUGGACACACAUAUAUGCCUGUUGACAGUGUACACGCCGUUAAUAGAGAACAACCUUAAAAAAACUAUAAUUCAUGCGCCUUCGCAAUGGUACACUGUAUUUGCUACGGCAAGAAAAGAACCUUUUCCGUAUGAAGUUGAAGCAAUGACUUUUGAAAGUUUUAAUAGAUGGGACGUCGUUGGUGAUAAAUACUUCAAAGGGAAUUUGACUGAGAAAAUUAGCAAAGUUCGUGUCGUGACUGUCAAGAAAAAUAAGCCUUCCAUGAUUUCUAUCAAAGACUCCAUGAACGUUAAUGCAAAAUCGUAUAAUGUCGAAGUUCAAUCCAAAACCAAAGGUCCACUGAUGCCUUGCUACCGAUCACGACUGCCAAUCGCAGAGGCCAAAUAUAAUGAUCCCAUGAAACUUUGUAAAGAUAAAGUAAUACCUGCCCAAUUCCAUCACGAAUACUCCAUUAUCCCAAAGGCUACUAAUGCAAAAGAUACCUUGCCUGAAUCAGAUAUAGAAGAUGAUGAAUAA